AUGAGCCUCACAACUCAGGAACUGGAGAUUCUGUCCACAAAGGCCAUUGACGCCAAGGCAACUGCCUACUGCCCAUACUCGAAAUUUCGCGUGGGAGCAUGCAUUCUCACAACAUCUGGGGAAUUCAUCUCAGGCGCUAAUGUCGAAAAUGCCGCUUAUCCGGUCGGGACCUGCGCCGAGCGAGUAGCCUUUGGAACCGCGAUUGUGGCCGGCCACAAGGACUUCAAAGCCCUGGCUGUCGCGACGGAUAUCACUCCUCCCGCGUCGCCCUGUGGGAUGUGCAGACAGUUCAUUCGCGAGUUUACUACGCCUUCGUUCCCUGUCUACAUGUAUGACGGCGAAGGUAAAUACAAGAUUAUGACCAUGGCCGAGCUACUGCCCGACUCGUUCGGCCCAGACCAUCUACACAAGAAUGAGUGA